AUGUCGAUGAAUGCAAAUCGAGAAAUAGACGCAGAAAAAGUCCGAAAAGACUUUGAAUUUGAAAGUCUCGCGCCAUCGCGGAUGGAAGAUGGAAGUGAUAAUGCAUUCAGCGAGCGAGUCUUGCCAGAAGCCCUUAAAAGCAAGUGUCAGAGAUGUUCUCUGAAACAAAAAGAGAGCGCACUUAAGGUAAUUCGACGUCUGCACGACGCUUAUCCAGACAAAUGGCUAGAAUUAGCCGAACGAUAUGACCCCACAGGAGAUUAUAGGAAAAGCUACGAAGAAUAUUUGCGGAAUGAGCAAUAUAACAUUAUAGAUGGAGCUGAGCCAGCUAUCAACAGUGUGCAAGGCAAUGUUCUUCCUGAGAUUGGAACUAGAUUCAAUUUUGAAGAAACUAAACCAAUAGAAAAACCAGAUAUACAAGAAUUUAAUAAACCAUCGAAUAAUGUAAACAACGAGCACAAAUCAGCGCCACCCGUCCGUUCGGUAUCAAACGGUGCCAGUGGCCCUAAUGCAAAUACACUUCCGCCGGCAACUGAAAAGGCACCACCAGCACCACCAGCACCACCAGCACCAUCCACUACAUAUACACCGAUCAUAGUGCAAAGUAAUCCAUCCACAACCAGAUCAACAAUUUUUACGAUUCAAGGAAAUUUUCAGGCCAGACCCCUUAGUUCUCAAGUUUUGGGAAUUGUAUCCAAUUUGGGUAAUAAAGUGGCCCGAACUGCAGGAAUAAUAACUGGAAUGCUCAAAGACACAGUUCACGUUAUUGUGGGCUGACAAACAUCGGACAACAAAAGAAUAAAAUUAUUUAUACAUAAGCUUAAAUAUAAACCACCUUAUUUUUAAGAUAAAAUGAAAA